AAUUCACAAUUCACAUCUCCCACAUUCCCAUCCAAACUCACUCACCAAGCAUCAGUGAACAUCCAUCUUUCUUCUUAAGAUUUUAGUAUACAUAAACAAUGGCAGUCGAUUUGCUUGGAUACACCAACCUCAACGACCGAAUGGCGAUUCAGGAAGCGGCGUCGGCCGGCUUGAAGUCCAUGGAGCAUCUGAUUCGAGCGGUUUCUUACCAGCAGCAGCAGCACCAUCAGAUUCAGCCGCUUGACUGCCGAGAAAUCGCCGAUUUCGCCGUCUCUAACUUCAACAAGGUAAUCACCAUCCUCAACCGCACCGGCCACGCCAGGUUCCGCCGCGCGCCUAUUCAGCCUCCGAGCCUGUUCUCUCUCCCUCCGGCGCCGUCUCAGCCUGGCGCCGGAUUGGGGAAGGACGAGGGUGAAGCGAUCGGAAAGGAAGGACUCAGUCUCUCAGCGGCGGUUUCGACCUCGGGAAACUCGUCGUCGACGUUUGUGUCGUCAAUUACAGGCGAAGGCAGCGUCUCCAACGGAAAAGGCGGAUCUCCGCCGACGUUUGCCGUUCCGCCGAUCUCCGCCUCCAAACCGCCGCUCUCGGGGAAGAGAUGCCGCGAGCAUAACCACUCCGAUUACAUUUCCGGCAAAACAUCCGGUUCUAGCCGAUGCCACUGCAAAAAGAGGAAAACGAAGGUGAAAAGAGUAAUUAGGGUUCCGGCGGUUAGCUCAAAAGUUGCAGACAUUCCAGCGGAUGAGUACUCAUGGAGAAAGUACGGGCAGAAGCCGAUCAAAGGAUCGACAUUCCCAAGGGGUUACUACAGAUGUAGUACGGUGAGGGGAUGCCCGGCGAGGAAGCAUGUGGAGAGGGCGACCGAUGAUCCAACGAUGCUGAUGGUGACGUACGAGGGGGAGCACCGCCACACGAUGCAGGAGAUCUCCGCCCGUGUCGUGAGAAGAGAUUCAUGAAAAAGGGGGCUUCUUUUGUAAUUUCGAGAUAGUUGGAGGCUAUCAUGUAAAUUCGGUAGGAGUAGUGGUAGAUUACACAAUCUGAAAAAAGGGAUGAAAAUGUUUAAUUUGGGUUGAAAUGGAUUAAUUUUUUAUUGGA